AGAUCUGCAGACGACAUUACACAAUUCCGUCUGAUGCUUUAGGGAAAGACACUAUAGAAAUACCAUGAGAGAAGCCAUGUAUCGUUACCAUACAAACCGCCAAGGACUUGUGCCUUUAGGAAAGGGAUCGUUGUGCUCCUCUAUUUUAAAAAUUUCCUCAAAUACAAGAGAUCGUGCGGUUAAAGCAAAUCUUGUGGAAAUUGCAAAAACUGAAAAAUUAAAAUCCAUUUUUGAUCAGCAGAAGAAGGAAACUGAAAUGCUAACGGAGAAAGUCAUAAAUCGAACUUGCAAAUCGUUGAAGGAAAAAUGUGCAUGGCAUCAUGUGUUAAAUACAAACUAUUCGACUCCAUAUUUCAAAACUUUACAACAUGGAUUCAACAAACGAGACGUUUAUACUCCAAAAACUUCUCAACACAUUAAAGUUGAAACUAAAGUCUAUGACAUUGGAUGGGACAGAUCCAUCUUCAAAACCGAUAUUUAUCGACGAUUAGUACAAACAGAUCCACGAAGGAAACUAACUAGAAGGAAACAAGAACGAGAACGGAAACUCUUGCUCAAUAAAUCUAAAAGAAAAAGCCAAAUUGUAAUCGAUCGACAGAUAUCAACCUCCGCUUUUUAUCGUCUGCUUCAGGAUCCAAGCAACAUUCAUGAAUACAAAUAUGAAAGAAAACCAACAAUAGUCACAUUCCAAGACGAAAUGAAGACUUUAAAAGAAAAAUCAUUCGAAGCAGACAUUUUAACCAAUGAUGACAGAAACUGAAUUGUUUUUUUUUCCCAAUCAAUUCUUUAUUGUUAUUUAUCUAUUUUUUUUACAUUUUGACGCAUCCUUUGUUAGUUUAAUCUUUUAAGCUUUCAAGAUGUAAGAAAAAUUAAGUGUUAUGAAAACAAAACGCAUAAAGUUGUAUGUCUUAGAUA